UCGAACCUCCACACAAUACACCAUACACAAAACAUAAGCUAAUUGACUUCCGUGUUCUGCCCGAUUCCAAGAAAAAGAAAAGAAGAUGGCCUCUUACCAGAACCAGUACGGAGCACAGCCCACCGAACAGUACGGAAACGUGACUCAGCAGGUGGACGAGUACGGCAACCCCAUUCACAGUACCGGCACCGAAACCUACGGAACCACUGGCGGAGCCACCGGAGGCACAUACGGAACAACCGGAGGAGCUCCGGUGGCGUGUGGGCAUCACGGCCAGGAGCAUCACAAGGAAGGCGGUGGUUUGACCGGAAUGCUUCACCGCUCUGGCAGCGGCAGCUCCAGCUCGUCGGAGGAUGAUGGCCAAGGAGGGAGAAGGAAGAAGGGGCUGAAGGAGAAGAUAAAGGAGAAGCUGCCAGGUCAGCAUCACGAGCAAUCUACGGGGACGGCGACCACGACGGCCUAUGACGUCGGUGGAGGCGAGCACCAUGAGAAGAAGGGCAUGAUGGAGAAGAUCAAGGAGAAACUUCCCGGGAGCCACCAGCACUAAAGCUAUAUAUACAUAUAUCACACCUUAUUUUAUAACCAAUCGGAAGCACGAUAAAUUAUAAUAUGGGUGUGCUGAUAGUAUACAUACGAGUAAUAAUAAUCUUGGUCUGUGAUACUUAUGCGUGUUGUCUUAGUAUGUGACCCUUCGACGCAUGGGUCAUUUUACCACCAGGAGCGUGGUUUUGUAUCAAAUAAUUAUCAAAUAAAAUGAUGUGUAAUGGAGAUUGGAGAAUA